AUGGCACCCUCUAAACGACUCACGGUUUUCAUAACUGGAUGCUCACCAGGUGGAAUGGGAGCCGCACUCGCAUCGGCCUUCCAUGCAGCUGGACACCAUGUAUUUGCUACUGCACGCGACCCUUCGAAGCUGUCUGAUCUCGCAUCUCAAGGCAUAGAGAUCCUGACUCUUGAUGUGACGUCGGCCUCUUCUAUCGAGUCUGCCGUCGAGGCUGUCGAGCGCUCUAUUUCGACCAAGUCUAGUUCUGACAAUGAUUCCGUCCCGGCAGGACUGGAUAUUCUCAUCAACAAUGCUGGUGGACACUAUACGGCGCCAAUUUCGGACGCAUCACUAGCCUCGGCCAAGGCGCUUUUCGAUCUAAACGUAUGGGCCCAGCUUGCUGUAACUCAAGCACUGUUGCCUUUAUUAAUGAGAUCCCGAUCCUCUGCUCCUUCGGCUGCCAAGGACGAUCUCGCAGUACCAAUGAUAGUCAACCAUACCUCUGUCGGCUCAGUGGCGGCUUUGCCUUUUCAGGGCGUUUACAGUGCUUCAAAAGCUGCCUUUGCACGACUAUCCGAUGCGAUGCGACUAGAGUUCGCAGCCCUGGGAAUUCGCGUGGUCGAGCUCAAAACCGCCAUGGUCAUGACGAAUUUCAUCAAGAACAGUCAAAACAACAAUGUCGAGGGCAAAUCGCAACAGCUGCCUCGAGGAUCUCUAUUUGAGCCAGCCCGCGCCGUUGUGGAGGAUGUCAUGAGCCAAGACCAAUUCGAUGGGCGAGGCAUCACGGCCGAACAGUGGGCUGCUGGAGUUGUGAGUGACUUGAUGCAGCGAAACCCCCCGGCUAUUAUCUGGAGAGGCCAAGAUGCGAUUUGGGGGCGAUUCAUGAGUCUGAUGCCCACCUGGAUGGUUGAUGGGUUACUGCGGAAGAUGAUGAAACUGGACGUUGUGGAGCAGAUUAUGAAGGAGAGUAGCAAGGACUGA